AUGUCGCCUCUCGAGAAACCCCAUACCACUCUCGACUCCGCCGAGAAAGACCUCGAGAUCACCCACGCCGAACACCCACUCCACCAUGACGGCCCCGAACACCUCCACUCUACCGAAGAUAUCCGGAAUGAUCUGUCAAAAGGCGCGGUGGUGCAGAUGAGGAGCAAGUAUGCCGACUUGGGGUUUGUGGAUUCUAUCAAGAGGUUUAAACUGUUGGGCGGGGUGGCUAUGGCAGCUGCUUUUAGUGCUAGCUUGGAUGGGUAUCAGAUCAAUUUGAAUGGUGGGAUAGUGUCCAAUGCGGGGUUUAUCAGGCAGAUGGCGUCGCCGGGGACAACAGUCAUCAAGGGUUCAUAUGUCUCGGCUUGGGGCGGUGUCCAAUCUGCCGGCCAGACGCUUGGUCAGAUAUUCCUGCAAUACGCCACCGAAGCGCUCGGCCGUAAGAUGGCGCUCUACAUCCUCUGGGUCUUUCUCGUGGCUUCGAUCUUUGCAGAGACAUUUGCGUCGCAUUGGUGGCAUUGGUUACUCGCCAAGCUGUUCUCGGGUAUUGGAGUGGGGAUGCUGCAAGCUACGAUGCCUGUGUAUCUGAGCGAGAUCUCGCCGACGCAGGUUCGAGGAUUCUUCAUCAACGCUUACUCACUCUGGUUCUGUCUCGGUCAACUAUUCGCCUCGGUAGCGCUCAACGAACUCAAAGCUAUGGACCCUUACAACUACAAAAUCGCCAUCUACUCUCAAUGGCCAAUGGUCGCGAUUAUGGGCGUCAUCUUUGUUCUUCUACCCGAAUCGCCAUGGUGGCUCGCAUCGAAGGGAAAACUCGAUAAAGCCGCCAAGAUGCUUGAACGAUAUCAAGGACAUUUGGAGGGGUUCAACGUCGCUGAUGAAGUCGCGAUCAUGACGGCGACGCUGGAAGAGUCCAAGUUGAUUGCGCAGAGGACGGGUCAGCAGGGGACGUGGGCGGUGUUUAAGGGGAGUAAUCUGUUUAGGCUUUUCAUCGCUUCUUGGCCAAAGAUGAUUCAACAAUUCGUCGGGUUGACAGUAUUCAACACCUACGCCACCUAUUUCUUCCAACUCGCCGGCAACUCCAACCCUUUCCUCGUCACCGUCAUCCUCUCUUGCGUGCAGCUCUUGUCCAUGUUGAUUACUUGUUCUCUUACAGACAAUCUGGGGCGCCGGCCGUUGACUGUUUAUCCGUAUGCGGUGACGAUCUUCUUCGCCUGCCUCGCAACAUUCUCCACUACCGGCGCCUCCUCCAUCGGCUACGCCUACGCCGCCGAAGUACCCACCCAGCGACUCAGAGCGCAGACGGCAGGGUGGGGAUUGGCGUUGAGUAAUAUGAUUGCGAUCAUGUUUAGCUUUUGUACGCCGUUGAUGUUGAAUGGGGAUGCGCAUUGGAAUGUGAAGACUGGGUUUUUCUUUGCGGGGACGGGGAGUGUGGCUACUGUUGUGGGGUGGUUUAUCUUGCCUGAAGUUGCGCGACGGACGCCCGCUGAACUGGAUGAGAUGUUUGAGAAGAAGGUGAACCCGAGAAAGUUCAAGGGAUAUGUGACGGAGGUGGAGAUGCAGUCGAGAGAGGUGGAAGGCGAAGGGGUGCGUAAUGAGCUCUGA